UACACUUGAUGCAAUAUUUUUUGUUGAUAAAGAAAAAGAAAACUCCCAAGUAAUCCCAGCUCGCGUGCAGUCGUGCGUGUUUUCACAGUUUUGUCAAUCAAAUUCUGUAAUUCUGUUUUAUCGUACCGUUGUUUCUCCAGUUCUCCACUAAGAAAAAAUGGCGCAUGAAGAAGGAGACCCAGCUGAAAUCGCAAAGUUAACCGGCGUCGGCAAAUACUUCAACACUAUUACGACCAAAGGACGGGUUAACAUUGUAUGUGCAACCUAUGGAACCAUUGCUGUUGGAUAUCUAUUAUACAAAAUGCGCAGCCCAAAAGCAGAAAAACCUAGUUCUUCUUGAAUACAUUUUUUGAUUAAUUUUAGAGAUGCUUCUUAGAUUUAGGUUAUAUGUUUUGAUUAUUAUUUUAAGAUUAAUUUCAUAUAAAAAGAAUUAUAAUUAAGGAAUCAUAUUAAAUAAAGAUACCACAAUGUUCUUUAUUUA